AUUUUGGUUUGUGCUGACCAUAGCUUCCACACAAUCAUGAGAACACCGUUUUUCAUGGCGAAAACCGCUGUACUAUGGUCAUUACUUGUGAUAUCCGCCAGAGAAAAUGAAGCAUCCGAAAUUCAGCGUCGUGAAGUACCGGACGCCUUCAAGAUAUAUGUUCAUCUUGAUGAUGUCCUAGCUGUCUCCGAUAUUAACGCUGAUGGCGUGCUCGAGUGUGUGGAAGCUGUGCGCACAGAGUACCAAACGCAACCAAAAGUGGCGACAUACCUGUUCUUAUUGAAAGGCCACCACGGUACAGAAAAAAAGAAUGUCUCUGUCCAUAUCAUCCCCGGCACCACACCUGACAAAAUCACCAUUUAUUUUGACAACAACAAUGAACAAAAGUUUGAAGCGCAGUAUUUAUACACGGAUUAUGAGACAUGUGCCAUCGUGAAGGGCCCCUACGGAGUCGAGAGGUGCCUGCUGUUGGUGUCCAAAGACAAGGCCGACAAUAUACCAAAGUCCUGCAUCACGAAUUUCGCAGAUCUAUGCGGUGUCUCGGUGAACUUGUACAGCGAAGAUCUGUGUCCUGAGUACGAGUAAAGCGUUUAAGCCCCGUUAAUAUAGCUCCGCUUCCAACUGACUUUCAUGGUGACGAACUUGAAGCUUACUGCAACUGCUUCAACGCUAUGAGUACUAGCUCUCACUUCAUUUGAAGAGCACGGAUCAAAUAUAGCAGUGAAAGUGACACGGCUUCUCGUUCUCACAGGCCAGCGAGAUAUAGUUACUGUGUAAUUUUUUUUCUAAAUAAAAGAUCGAAUAAGUUAGUAUCACGAUAUUCUCUACACGCACUCUUUUUAUGAAUAAAACUUCUUUUGUCUGCUA